AUGAGUGGUGGUGGUGGUGAUCGUCAUCCGCGUCUCGGGAUUUUAGUUGUUGCUUCGCUGCUUGUGGUUUCGAUUUCUUUUCAUCUCUCACCACCUCAAUCGAAACAUUUCAAACCCCGACAACAACACACACACACACUAGUUAGGUACUGCAUUGACGAAGAAGAGCACUACUCGCUGCACUGCGACGAUCCUAACAACAACACAUUCAAUGAGUACGCGAAACUCAAAUUUCCUUUCAAUUGCGUAGAAUCUUAUUUUGGGAUUGUUGGUAGUUGUAAUGGAUUGAUUUGCAUUUCUGAUGAUCAGUUCUGUUAUAACCAUGAAGCAUUUCUGUGGAAUCCAUUGAUUAGGAAGUUUGUGCCGAUUCCAAACCCAAAUAUUACAUUUACCUUGCGUGGCCCCUUUAUCCAUUCUUUAGGGUUUGGGUUUGAUUCAGCGUCUAAUGACUUCAAAGUUGUUAGAAUUGUGCAUCUUGGAUUAGAAUGUGACACAGUUCCACCUGAGGUUGAAAUUUACACUCUCAAGACUGGGUUUUGGAGAAUCAUUAGUGAUAAAGCUCUUCCAUAUAUUGUUGAAGAGCGAUCGCAACAAGCUUAUAUUAAUGGGGUUGCACAUUGGGUUGCUCGCACUCCAAUGGAUGUUGGGAGUUUUCGAAUGAUUGUAUCAUUCAAUAUGAACGAUGAGGUGUUUAGGGAGAUAUCAUUUCCAGAUGGUAUAGCUGGCGAGGAGAAAUUGAUGGAAAGGAUGAGCCUUGUUGUGUUUGAGGAAACCCCUUGUCUGAUCCAACAUUGUCAAUAUCACGAUGACCCACAUUGUUUGAUAUGGAUGAUGAAAGAGAAUGGUGUGGUAGCAUCGUGGGUUAAACAAUUCAGAAUUGAUCUUUGCGGAGGAUUGAGGAAGCCAAUUGGGAUGAGAAAGAAUGGUGAAGUUCUUGUGGCGAUGAGGGAUGGAUAUUUGGUUUCUUGUGAUCCUAAAAGCAAACGAAUUAUGAAUCUUGGGAUCGUAGGCUUUACAGACUUGUAUUGUUACCAUUCAUUUGCUGUGGAUACUUACACUGAGAGCCUUGGUUUGCUAGAUAAAGGGGUGGAUUUUUUGUGAUACGGUUAUAAGCGAUAUGUUCUGUGUAAAGAGAGUGAAGGGGGCUGAUGGAACCGAGGAACUGAAGUAAAAAUCAAACAAGAACAAGUGCAGGCAAGAUACAGUGUCUCACCCACUCUGUAUUUUUUGCACCUUAUUAGAGUAUUCAUCAUUGCUUAGAUUUAUUCUUGUAAAAAAUGCAUAUAUUCAUAGCACUAAGUAACUUCUAUUCCAAUCCUUUUUCUUUUUUUUAUCGGCACGUCUAUACCAAUUCAAAUCCUAGUAUGCUGUUGGAUCAGAUCAAUCACUUUUUCUAUGGAAUUAAUGUCUUUUGAGAGUGCCUCGAAAACUGAAAAGUUUAGCUUAUGCCAUUAUCUCUCUCUGGAGUUCCUUUUACUGAAAAGUUCAUCAUUGGCAAAGAGCAUAUUGGUUUAUAUUUUCUAACAUUAGUUAUGUGAGCAUGAUUUUUGCCAAAAUCCCAGUUCAAAAAGGAGGAUGGUGAUCCCUGGUGUGUUUUUUCGGAUUUGGCUUUGUUUCAAUUGGCAGAUAGAUACUUGGGGAAAUAACGAUUAGUGCUUAUGCAGGACAAUCCAUUGCCAUUUCGGCCUUUCAAGACUCGCUUGCCCUUCUUGUCAGGGGUCCAACAUUAUUGUUAACAACCUGGAACUUAUAGGUUAUAUGAAGGAUUAUGGUGUUUUUGGACUCUUGGACUAAACAAUAUAGUUUAAGGGACACAAAUUGGAUUUCCUUUUGGGUUCAUAAAGGAUGGUGAAAUUCUUGCUGAAAAGCCGAAGGGCAAUUUGGUUUCCUAUGCCCAUUAGACCCAAAAUCAUAGGGACCUUAAAGGGCAACCAGUUGCUUAUAAAAUGGUUAUUUACAGAGAGAGUGCUUAUUGAUUUUCAGUAGUUGCUAUUUUCUUGGUAUAUGUUGUUUUUCACUCUUAAAUCGGCGAUUAUACAAUUUACUUUCCAAUAAUGUUUGAUUUGGUUAAUUUAUUUAUAGAAAAAUUUCACAAGAUAUGAUUAGUGAAGAAUGAAUUUCGAGGUAUAUAUGAAUGCCCUGAAAUUUCUCCUUUUGUGAAUGUUAUGUAGUAAAUUGUUCUUGACAUGUAUCUUGAUUCUUGAGAGCAGUUUUCAAAAUCUCUGCUCUUGAAUUUGGAAAUUAGCAACCAAAACCCUGAUCCUUACCAAGCCAAAUUAGCUCUAAGCCAUCUCAACCAAGCAGAGGAGUCAAUUAGAAGUUUGAUGAAUUUGCCAAAUACAUCUAGCCAUAGCUCUGCUUUAUUCCAAACUCUGAUUCUUCUAAUACCCAUACCCAAAAGGCAAGGCUCUAAUUU